AUGCUCAACGACGAUGAAGACGUUUUUGACUCUGUAACUUGGGAAUCUCCUACAGCCCCCGUCUAUGCUGAUCAUACACCGUCUACUGGCCCUGGAUAUCGACAAAGCAUUGACAGCAAUGAAAGCGGUCCCCACGAUCCCAAAUGGGAAGGACAUCUCAUUACUGCGGUCACUGACCCACAGAAGGAAUUGGCGGAGACAAAAGAUGCUUAUGUAUCUUAUCUGGUAUCUGCCAAGACCAAUUUACCAAUGUUCUCCACAUCAAAUCCAUCUGCAAGACGGAGAUUUCAAGACUUUGUCUUCUUGCGUGAACAUCUUGUCAAGGACUUUCCUGCCUGUGUAGUACCGCCGCUUCCUGGAAAGCACAGACUGGAAUACCUCACUGGCGACCGGUUUAGCCCCGAAUUCAUGGAGCGGAGACGACUUGAGUACGUUCAUACCUCCUUAGAGUCGCCAUUAUCUAACAAUGUUAGUCUGAACCGGUUCUUGCAACGGCUUGCUCGUCACCCUACGCUUCAGCGGGCAACGCUGGUGCGGGCCUUCUUCGAGUCCUCAGAAUGGAAUGUCCAUAUGCAUCAACACCUGGCUCACCCACCAGGUCCGGAACCUUCGCCUGGUAUUGUCGACAACAUUACUGACACACUCCUCAACGCGUUUUCCCGUGUCCGCAAACCCGAUGAACGUUUUCUGGACAUGCGAGAAGGUGUAGACAAGUUUGAAGAUGGACUCGUCCUCUCCGAACGUCUUUGGACCCGCGUCCGUAAUAGAACAACAGACGGUAACCCGGAAUCCGGUGAAGACCUGACCGCAGAUUACCACGAUAUGGCCGUCGCGGUUCAGGGUCUAGGAUUCCUGGAAUCAGGUAUUACGGACCCUUUGAACCACUUCUCAAAUACCCUCCUGGAGUUUUCUGCGCUGCUAAGGCAUACGACACAAACGACUACAGAUCCAUUCCUCAUCCAACUACAUUCCCUACUCACCUACUCUCAUGCAAAUCGUGCUGUCCUCAAGCUCCGGGAUCAGAAACAGCUUGAUUUUGAAGAACUUUCCGACUACCUUUCCGGUGUCAGUGCUGAACGCGAUAGACUGGCAGCUAUCAUUAACGGACACGCAGGAAGCUCGGGGCUUGGGUUGGGCUCUUAUCUGAAAGACCGGGUGGAUGCUAUCCGUGGAGCGGACGAUGAUAGGUCAAGGGUUGAAAAAAUGAAGAAGUUGGACGUGAAGAUCAAGGAGCUCCAAGACGCAGUGACAACAGCACAUGAAACGUCAGAUGCAUUCAGCGAUGAGACUCUUCGGGAACAGCAUGUAUUCCAACGUGCUAAGGAGGCGGAGAUGAAGGAGAUGCUAGGAAAUUUCGCUGAUGGCCAGAUCGAAUUCUACAAAGCGGCAAUGGAAGAAUGGGACAGGAUAAUACCAGUCAUUCAACGGAUUCACGUUGACGUAUAG